AGCUAUCUCGAGAGCAUCCCGUUUUCGCCUAUUUUUGAGGCGCCUCAAAAAUAGAGUAUCUCGAGAGCAUCCCCUUUUCGCCGUGCUCUGCUCACAAAACCGCGUUCGUUUUAUUCGGCCAACUUCCCACCGAAUUCGCCUGAGAGGUUCUCGCUGCCUGAUAUCAGAAGCCAGAUUCACCUCACUUGGCCAAACGUCGCUUUAUUCCCGUCACUACGCAUCUCAAUCUCUUCGAACGGCACCACAGUAGAAUCUCUGUAUAUUGAGGAAGGGUUUUUUGAGUCGACUCAAAAAGUGCCCUUUCGAAGCGAACUGAACUGGAUAGUCGGACGAACUACUAGCCGUCUUCCCUUCCUCCUCCGUUUGAUUUGCCAUCAGCCCUUCCACCAAGCCCAGUAUAACCCGCUUCUUACGCAACGCAGUAUACAUUGUGUCUCCAUCACCUUCAUAUCUGUCGCGCUAGCCCCUUUAGGCCGUCGCAGCCAUGGGGUCUGGCAUGAGCCGCCCCCGGCGCAAAAAGGGCCCGGACAUCCGCGGGCGUCUCUCCGCGCUCACCGAUUCCUCCGCCUCCGCCUCCGCCUCGUUCCGCUCAUCCUCCUCCGCCUCCGGCUCCGCCUCGGGGAAGAUCCGCUCCCCCUUCGCGUGGAUCGUGGAGCGUGCAAAGACCCUCCGCGAGGGCAAGACGUGGCGGCGGCGGCAGAAGAAGCAGGAGAAGCGCCGGCGGCGGCGGCGGCUGGAAAACUCCGCGGCGGUGCAGCCCGUGGGGCCAUGGCUGCGGGAGAUUAAACCGGAGCAGAAUUGGGCGGAAAAAAUGUCGGGGAAGCAGUUCUGGGCAGAAGCCGCCGCGUCGGGGGAUAUUAUCCGGGAGAACGUGCGGAGCCACGCGCCUUCCCCCGAGGCUAAAGGCGCGGGGAAGCGCGCGCAGGAGAGGAUGCGCGUGUCCCCGUCCACGCUGUCGCCUCCGCCUCCCCCCAUGUUCCCCGCAUCACUGCUGGAUGACGAGACGCCGCACGUCCCGGCGAGCAUCACGCCGCCCAUCACGGCGCCAUGCUGGGGAAGCGCCGGGGCCGCGGCGACUCUUGCAGACACUGCAAAUCCGCCUGCAGCGGCACCUGCUGCGGCACCUGCUGCGGCACUUGCUACUGCGCCGCUUGUUACAGCUGCUACAACAGCUGCUGUGACUGUGGCGCCUCCUGUCGCUGCAGGAAUCCCUGCUGUUACACCAGCUGCGCCAGUUACGGCAACUCCGGUCGCCACGGUGGUUCCAAUGGUUACAGAGUUACCUGCAGUUGCCGCUCCAAACGCCGCUGCCCCUGCUGUUCCUGCCAUCACACCAGCUGCUGCGGUUACACCAGAUCCUAUGGUUACAACAAUCUCGACGGUUACAACAGCUACAGUGAUUCCUGAAAUACGAUCGUUUUUGGAUCACGUUCCUAUGGUCAUCGAGCCUACAGCGACGCCUGAAGUUACGCCUGAGGUUACGCCUGAGAUUACGCCUGAGAUUACAUCGCUGUUGGACGACGUUCCUAUGACCACAGCUACAGUACCAGCUACAGUGGCGUCUACACCUCCUUCGUUAUUGGAAGACGUUCCUAUGACGACAGCUACAGUACCAGUUACAGGACCAGUUACAGUGGUAGCUACAGUGCCAGCUACAGUGGCGUCUACAAUUCCUUCGCUAAUGGACAACAGUCCCAUCAUUGCACCCGUUCCUGCAGUUACCAUGCCUCCUGCAGCGGUUGCAAUCGCCACAAAAUCAGCAUCAAGCGAAUCUGGCUGGCUCAAUUUCUUCAACACCUAGGGGAAAUCUUAAAGCCUCACCAACGUAUCCACAAAGGCUCAGGUGUCUUCAUUUUCAUUGCUGGCAGGAAAGACUGUGCCUUUCUUCCUCCUGACGGAAUAUAUCUUACUGGGGAAAAUGCCCGGAAGCUGUCAACGUGCAUACAUCGGGGUUUUAUUGUCUCCCAUCUCACGUGGAGCAUGCUGGAAGUGCGAUGUUAGAGUACAUAGGAAGGCUUGAACGACCCAUGUGUGACGACCUGAGCACUCACAUUCAGAGGCAUCUAGUUGAGUGUAUUAGGCAAGCGUCUACUCGUCAUGCUUCCAAUUCCCAGCAUAUGGCAUCCAAGUACCGUGUAUGAUGAUUUGUUGCUCCAUAUGCAUCAUAUGAUUAGAUUUAUGUUGGCAUGCAAAGAAUAAUGAUAACUCCUACCU